CCUUUUGGAUAUCAAAAUUUACCUUCCUUUUAUGCCGAAAAUACCAAGUGGUCCAUUUUCAUGGUGGUUUUUCCACCGCCCAAUAUUCUGUCACCCAGUGUCUCACGGCUAAAGUAGAAUAAUCCUUUUCAUAAUUGUCAAUAAAACCAGUCCUCAAGAAAUACGGUGCUAAUAAUAAGGAAUAAUUAAUUUUGAGUGUAAUUGCAAGGAGCUCCCGCUUGAGCCUGCCUCAGCCUGAAACCAGUGGGAAGUCCAAGAAAUGGUAAAUCACUUGAUCGUUGGCCGCCGGAGCAGCCCCUUUUCUUCAAGUGAAUACAAAUGAUGAACUUUUGCUCGAGCGAAUCAUCACAAAUGGAUAUUAUCUCCCGUUUAUAUGAGUACAGUUGAUUGAAGGCCUGAAGUCUCUAGCCUGAUUAACUGUCUUUUCAUCCAGCAGCACAAUGGUUGAUUGGUCGAAGCUUCCAUAUGACCUCGUUGUAUCAAUAGCGAAUCAAUUGUUUGAAGUUGAGGAUUUUCUUUCGUUUUCGACUGUUUGUCGAUGUUGGCGACUGGUUUAUCUCAAGAAACAUUGGAUUCCAAAUCAUCAUAUUCCUUGGCUCAUGCUCGGUGAGUACACUGAAGGUGACGUCUCCAUAAGACAAUUCUUAAGUUUGACCCGAUUUAAGAUCUACAAAUUCCCUCUACCAGAAGCUAAUGGUUGCCGUUGCUGGGGAACCUCUCAUGGGUGGAUUGUGACUCUAAGUCAAAGUUUUGCGAUUCGUCUCGUGAACCCUCUCACUCGAGCUUGCCUCGAUCUUCCUCACCAUUCCAUGUUGAGGAGCCAAGGUGAUAUUGAAGUUGAUUGGUUUGCAGCCAUACAAAAAGCCGUUGUCUUAAAAGUUCGGGAUGAUUUUGUGACGAUGGUUAUAUAUAGAUACAAUCGCUGUCUGUCUUUUGCUAAAUAUGGAGAUGGUGCAUGGACCGUUGUUCCGUUCUCCAAUCUGGUUUACCUUGUAAAUAUUGUGUGUUUUAAAGAUAGAGUUUUGGUACUUACGAUGGUUGGAACACUAAUACUUAUUGAAAUGGAGGGGCCUGAUGGUCCAAGAGCACGCUGCAUUGCUUCACCACCGGGCGAUGAAAGGGGUUGGGAGAACAUGUAUUUGGUAGAAUCAUCAGAAAGUCUUCUGCUCGUACUGCACUAUAAUCAUCGCUCAACGCACAGGUUUAAAGUUUACAAGUUUGAUAUAUUCAAAAGGAAGUGGAUGGCAGCAGUGGACUUGGGGAACAAUGUAUUAUUGAUCGAUAAUUAUGGUUGUACUUCAGUUUCUGCUUGUGGCUCCAUCAAACCUAAUUGCAUCUACUUUGCACAAGAUAACUUGGGAUCUUCAGUGGUACCUCAGCAAGAACUGAAAAUGAUUGUGUUCAACAUCAAGGAUAACAGAACUGAUGUUCAGCGACUUAAUGCUUCUAGUUUUUAUGACUGUCCAGUGUGGACAACGCCUGCUCUUCGGUAGAAAGUAUUUUUCUUUUCUGUUUGUGUAUGUUUGAUGGUGUCUAAAAACUGAUUGUAUAAAGAGCCUAAAAAAAAAUUAAUCUGAAAUCUUCUCUUGUCA